AUGUCUGGCACCCGUCCGGAACACAUCGCCCCGCCAGAAGUCUUCUACAAUGCCGGCGAGGCCCACAAGUACACCAACAACUCGCGCGUCCAGUCGAUCCAGGCCGAGAUGACCUACCGCUGCCUCGAGCUCCUCGACCUCCCCGCCGCCUCGACCGCAACUCAAGCCUCGCACGCCGCACACCAAGCCGCCAUGCGCGACGACGACGACGACGAGCAGGACGACGACGAGCAGGACGACGACGAGCAGGACGAGCAGGACGACCUGCGCCGGCCUAGCUUCCUCCUCGACAUCGGCGCCGGCAGUGGCCUCAGCGGCGAGAUUCUCACCGAGGAGGGCCACCAGUGGGUCGGCAUGGACGUCAGCGGCGGCAUGCUCGAGGUUGCACUUGAGCGCGAGGUCGAGGGCGACCUCAUGCUCGCCGACAUCGGCCAGGGUAUUCCGUUCCGCCCUUCGUCGUUCGACGGCGCCAUCUCGGUCUCGGUCCUUCAAUGGCUGUGCAACGCCGACUCGACGGCGCACUCGCCCGCCGGUCGCCUCCUGCGCUUCUUCACCGACCUGUUCGGCGCCCUGCGCAAAGGCUCGCGCGCCGUGUUCCAGUUCUACCCGGAGAGCGACGACCAGGUCACCUUCAUCAUGACGCAGGCGACCAAGGCCGGCUUUGGCGGCGGCCUCUGCGUCGACUACCCCAACUCGAGCAAGAAGAAGAAGUUCUACCUGAUUCUGUUCGCGGGCCAGCCCAUCGUCGGCGGCAAGCCGCAGCCGAUCGCGGUCCCGCAAGGUCUGCGCGACGAGCACGAGCAGGUCGCGUUCGAGAAGAAGCGCGCCGACGCCGACGCGCGCAAGAAGAUGCACCGCGGGUCUGGCGGGAAGAAGGGCAAGGGCAAGAGGGGGCUCAAGGAGGAGACCAAGGAGUGGGUCCUCAGGAAGAAGGAGCUGUACCGCACGAGGGGCAAGGAGGGCGUCCCGCGCGACUCCAAGUACACGGCCCGAUCGCGCAAGCCGCGCUUCUGAGCCCACCCUCCCCUCCCUCCUUCUUGGUCGCCGCUCCCUUCCUUGUCGCCCGGGAGCUGUCGCCGUCGUCUCUCUGCCCAGGUCCUCUACUGUUUCAUACCCUCUCGAGCGUCCCUCCCUGUGUCCUGUUGUACCUCGUCGCCCGUUCCUCGCACUGCAUCGUCGUCUCUUUCCUCCC